UGGCGGUGCCGGAGGGGGCGUGGCCAGGGCGCGCGCGGCCGCCAUGGGGCUGCUAACGAUCCUGAAGAAGAUGCGCGAGAAGGAGCGCGAGCUGCGGCUUCUCGUGCUGGGAUUGGACAACGCCGGGAAGACGACGCUGCUGAAGCGGCUGAACGGGGAGGACGUGGGGGGCACCUCCCCCACCCUGGGCUUCAACAUCAAAACCCUGGAGCACCGCGGGUUCCAGCUGCACGUGUGGGACGUGGGCGGGCAGAGCUCGCUCCGCUCCUACUGGCGCAACUACUUUGAGAGCACGGACGGGCUGGUGUGGGUGGUGGACAGCAGCGACCGCCAGCGCCUGCGGCUGUGCGCCCGCGAGCUGCGCGCCCUGCUGCGCGAGGAGCGCCUGGCCGGGGCCACCCUGCUUGUGUUCGCCAACAAACAGGACCUGCCCGGGGCGCUGCCGGCCGGGGACAUCCGGGAGGCCCUGGAGCUGGACUCCAUCCGCAGCCACCGCUGGCGCAUCCAGGGCUGCUCGGCCUUCACCGGCCGUGACCUCCUGCCCGGCCUGGACUGGCUGCUGGACGACAUCGGAGCGCGCCUGUGCCCCCCAGACUGACCCCUGACCCCGGAGAGACCCCGGAGUCACCCCCCCCAUCAUUCCGGGCUCCGGGAGCCCCCCCGUUCAAUGGGGGGGUCCUGCCCCUGCUCCCCCCAGCUGGGUUUGGGGGUUUGGGGGUCCUGGCCCCCCCCGGUGCCAAUAAAACCGUGGUCACAGGAAA